AUGCUGUCACAAUUUGAAUAUAACAAACAUGAAAGGUAUUGCAUAGCUGCUUUAUGUGCCUAUACAAUGGGUAAAAAUUAUACUUUGAAUAGGUUAAAGGAAUAUACAAAGGACAAUUCAGUUACUUCAAGUGGUGGACAUGACUCAGUAGAAGCACCAAAAGAAGGCGAACCUUUAAAACGUUCCGUCAAUAGAAGAUUAUAA